CAACACUGGCUGUCAGGCGUUAGGGUAUUGUUCAAGAAACUAACAACAAAAGUGAAAACACGAAAAUGCUGAGCAAAAGAGAAAACAAAACCACUUGCAAUUAUUACAACAUUUAAUCGCUAUAAUUAAGUUAAAUAAUACCGAAAACAAGUGAAAGUCUGCAUCUGCACAAGUGGUCUGACCAGUUCAGACCGGAAAUCCAAAAACAUAUCAACAAAGUACAAAAUUAAAAGUUUAAAAGAGACGCCCUGCAAGGGGUAUCUUAGGAAACAUUUAAUAAUUAUUUAAUAUUUUGCCGGCUUUUGAUCAAAUACUGAGGCAGCCGCAUCGGAGGAAAGUGAAAGAAAAGUAAAGCACAUCCGAAAAAGAAAAGAAAAGAGAGAGAGGCACACCGCACCCCGCAAUCCGCUAUCCGCCAUCCCGCAAUCGGCAAUCAGCGACGGAAAAUCAAUAAAAAGUCUCUCAGUGGAAAAAAAAGGCAAAAAGGCGAAAGGAAAAAAAACAACGUGCAAACAAGUUAAGAGGCAAGCUGCAAACUCCGCGCGCUCUUGCACGUGUGUUAGUGUGAGUGUGUGUGUGCAUGUGUGUGUUAACGUCUAACUGCUAAUCGCAAACCGCGUAACAAAAGCUUACGUAAAGCUUGGCGAAAAACACAAAAACAACAACGAAGCGAGAGCAACACAGACACCCCAUACCCCCCCUCCAAAAAAAUUAACUAAUAACUCUAUAAAAAAAAAACACCCCAGUUAAGCAAAAAAAAAACAGCAACAAAAAUGACUAAAGACAGAUUAGCCGCUCUGCAUGCUGCCCAGUCCGACGACGAGGAGGAGACCGAGGUGGCCGUCAACGUCGAUGGCCAUGACUCGUACAUGGACGACUUCUUCGCCCAGGUGGAGGAGAUCCGGGGCAUGAUCGACAAGGUGCAGGACAACGUCGAGGAGGUGAAGAAGAAGCACUCGGCCAUACUAUCGGCCCCCCAGACGGACGAGAAGACCAAGCAGGAGCUGGAGGACCUAAUGGCCGACAUCAAGAAGAACGCCAAUCGGGUGCGCGGCAAACUCAAGGGCAUCGAGCAGAACAUCGAGCAGGAGGAGCAGCAGAACAAGUCAUCGGCGGAUCUGCGAAUCCGUAAGACGCAGCACUCGACUCUGUCACGGAAAUUUGUUGAGGUGAUGACGGAAUACAAUCGCACCCAGACGGACUACAGGGAGCGGUGCAAGGGAAGAAUACAGCGUCAGCUGGAGAUCACCGGCAGGCCGACCAACGACGACGAACUGGAGAAGAUGCUGGAGGAGGGCAACUCGUCGGUGUUCACGCAGGGCAUCAUUAUGGAGACACAGCAGGCGAAACAGACGCUGGCGGACAUCGAGGCUAGGCACCAGGACAUCAUGAAGCUGGAGACGAGCAUCAAGGAGCUGCACGACAUGUUCAUGGACAUGGCCAUGCUGGUGGAGUCGCAGGGCGAGAUGAUCGAUCGCAUUGAGUACCAUGUGGAGCACGCUAUGGACUAUGUGCAGACGGCAACUCAGGACACCAAGAAGGCUCUGAAAUACCAGAGUAAAGCGCGACGAAAGAAGAUCAUGAUACUGAUCUGCCUCACUGUGCUGGGCAUCUUAGCGGCCUCAUAUGUUAGCAGUUAUUUCAUGUAAAUCUCGAAUGCAAUUACUUACUAUACUCACCAAAACACAUAACAUAAUCAUAUAUACUGUACACCCACACCCACACCCACAACACAACACACUCAUUGGGCUCGAUCCAAGUCUGUUUAGGAUGUUGCGUAACCCACCCAGAGAAACAGAGAAACUCAAACAGAAAAUUGAAAUUGAAAUUGAAAUUGAAAUGUAAACGCAACCAGUGACCCUGACCCUGAAAAUCUCACGAAAUUAGGGAUCGAUUACACCAAUUAUAGCUAAUAUUGUAGAGAAACUUGUAUGGUUAGUCGAUAAUACGAAUUAAAAAAUACAGAAAGAGUCUCAAUACCCCGAAGAGUCUACACCCACACUUAACACUCGAAACUCAGAAUCGAUAUAGCUACCAGAAUACUUAGUAAAAAAAAAAAAAAUAAUAAUAAUAAAAAUACAAAAUGUAAACAAAUUGCUAAUUGAAAUACCUAUUAUGAAUUGAAAACUUACAAAAGUAAUUGCAAAAAAAGAGCAUGAAAUUUUAUUGAUUAUUGUUAUAAUGCGAAGCAAAAAAAAAAAAACAGAAAAGAAAAGAAAAAGGAAAAAGUUUAAAUUAUAAUAAAAGAUAGGAAACACAUUCAAGACACAACUCACCACUCCACCACUCACCACUCACUGGUAUGCUUGCGAGGAGGGGGGAGUCUCCCCUCCCUUCAAACUUGAAGAUGCAUUUAGUUUUUGUUUGUUUAGAUAGUUUAGUUAACCGUUAUAAGCUCUCACCUAUAGUAGCCCAUCACCCACACCCACACACUCGAAUCACUCGAACAAAUCUCUAGUUAACUUUGAAUAUUCAUUAUAAAAAGAUUGUUUAUUAUGCGAGAUAAUAACUAUAUUGACUAUUUACUAUAAUUCUAUUUACUUAACAUGUUCAUAUUUAUUGAAUGCAUAUAUAUAUAUAUAGAGAUAUACACACGACAAAUAUAUAAACUAGUUGAUACUUGAAAGCAAGCCCAGAUGAGAGAUGUAAAGAGAGGCAGAAGCAGAAGCAGAGGAAGUCGAUGGAAUGCCACAGAACAGAAACGUAAACACAGACACUAGCACGUGCGACUUCCCAGACUCCAAUUGAUCGGCAAACUGUUUUUUAACUUGAUUUUCCGUAUUGUUGUCUCAACAAAGAGCAAGUUUUUUUAUUUGUUGUCAUAGACUUCCCUUAAAACUGGUUUUUCUUUUUUUAAUUUUCAUCUCAGAAACCAAAACUCAUGCCCUCACUCACAUCUUACGGCCAUUAUUUCUUUCUUGAUUCUUGAUUAACCUAAUUUAUUUUUCGUUUUUUUCCUGCCCCGCCUCCACCACCACUACCUACCACCACCCUCCCACCACAACAACUAACAAUUGGAAUGCAAACAUGUACAUUCCUCAUAAAUAAAUCAAAUAUGUACUCCCCGGCAUGCUGCGGCUUUU